UCAAACUAAUUUUUUUUAACUUUUUGGUGUAGAUGGUCGGCACGUGGUAUGAGUUACAACAGAUGUCCGAGACACUGUAUUACUCAGUAUCGCAACCUGUUGGAUCACCUUCGACCGACAGACUUCAUUUGGCGUCCAUACCUUAAUCUGGAUCAUGACCAUGAAGUCAACGCUGAAGACGCAGUCGUAUGGACAACAUGCACACCGAUAAUACGGUUCAUAACUGUAGAGAUGCAUAACACCGAUCGUGUGAAGCUGCAGUUCAGUAUGGUCCAGAAUAUCCCAGAUCCCCCAGUUAGCCUAGAAGAAUGGCAUAUGCGUAAAGUGAACGACCAAUGGAACUUCAACCCUUGGCAAACCUUCGCAAGAUCGGAGUGUCGCAAGUGGAAGCACCGUCAUGACCAUGUCUUAACUGACGCAGUCAUGUCAAAUGAGGUAAAACCAAGUCGUACUUAUAUGGCUUGGUACAGAUCGGUUGGUUUUCAAUUCAUCGCCGAAGAUAUGUACCUCUACGACCCACGCCAGGCAAGUUACACAAAAGAAGGAUCAACAUCUAACCCCCAACAACAUUCUCAGCCCGGUUACUCACAACCCCCUAUCCGUCAAACGUUCCGUUCCACAAACACACAAACAUACAACCAAAACAUGCCAUUCACCAAACCCCAAUACUAAGAACAUACCCCAUACCACCACCAACAAAUUGACCAUCAAUCUGAGACCCAACAUCGCUUCGCACCCACACCAUCACCCUACCAAAGUCGCCUUAGCCAAAACACCAACCGUCCCUCCUCCUACCGUAGCCAAGAAGCUAAAACAUCACAAAACCAAAACAUCCCACAACCCUAUCUCUACCAAACACCCCAACAACCUUUCCAACCUUUCCUAGACGCAUCAUUCACACCCAUGUCUCCCUUCAACCAUCCCGGUCACCCAUCUAUGAGUCAACCACAUCCCAACUUCUCUGACAUGGGUCAUGAGCUCAGCUACGGCGGUACACCAUCAUUGCAUACUGAAGACUAUGCUGAGUUGGCUGAAUACCUCAACGGACCUUCUCCUGUAGUUGGUAGUGACGCUCCUGGCCCCUCAGAUGAACAAACACCGGUGCAGAAUCGUCAACGUGGGUUAGGGUAGCUAGGGGAUGUGGGACCGGAGGUCGGUUAGGUGAUCCCGGUCAU